ACGAGAUUACCACGACCGACGGGUUGCUGAUGCUUACGGAUGGACGGAACACACAUCUCGGGACGGUAAAGGAGAAUCGCAGUAACCUUGGUGUGUAACGGGCGUGCUCUAGAUUCAGCAUUUUCGGUCAAUUUUCCGCGUGCUUCCGCAAACCGGAAGUGGAAGCUUUUGUGUGCAAUCGAAGCAGGGAAAAGUGAUUUUUUAUUCGCAAUUGUUGCUGUUUGAGAAGGUGUAAUGUUUUGAUUCUUCACGGAGUUACGGAUUUUUUCUUCGAUAUCGCUGUCACACACGGUUAGGAUACUGCACACCGAUUAAGCAAUUUUUUCACGGAGGAAAUCAUUGGAAGGCGAUUGACGAAGACAAAGAAAAGUAAGAAGGUAAUUUCGCACGGUGACGACGGAUCUUUUUGCGUUGAAUUUCGGUUCGCUUUGAGCGUAGUGACUACGUAAUGAACGAGGUUGAGGUAAAACAGGAAAAAGAUGUGGACGUGUACGAGUAUAAUCAGCAGCAACAAGGCGGAACGAUGGCAAAUGAUGAAAAUGGUGGAUCUGACCAGGAAAUCGUCGUCGGAAUCGAUGAGGACCACAUUAAUUUUCUCACAAGUAUGGCGUCUGAUGAUGAUUCACUGGAUUGUCCACCGGAAAUGGGUAACGAUGGCAGAAUGGGUUUUGCGGAUACAUGCGAAGACGAAGAUGAAGAUGUUAUAGCUACAGCGGAAUCAAUUUUAUCGAGAACGGCAGAACGGACAAACCAACAAGUGUACAAUUGUGAGUACUGCAACAAGACCUUCACCUGGUUGAAAUCCCUCACGGUGCAUCUUCGCACUCACACCAACGUAAAGCCGUACAAAUGCGAAAUGUGCGAUAGGUCUUUCGUACGAUCCGAUUAUCUCAAAUACCAUAUAAUGAAGUCCCAUGAAACGAAUGAACAGGUUUUUACCUGUGUGGCAUGUUCCGGUGUAUUCGCUACUAAUCGUGGCCUACUGAGGCAUAUUCGUACUGAACAUGGCGGAAAUGUCGGCCGUAGAGAAGCCUCCUCGGAUAACGAUUCUGUCGGGGAGGAGCAUGAAAAUGGAAAAUUUGCCUGUACUUAUUGCGAUGAUUCGUUCAAUUCCCGUGAUUUGCUAGUUGCUCACAUGAAACGCCAUUUAGGCGAAAAACCAUUCCGAUGCGAUUUAUGCCCAAAGUCUUUUAUACGACAGGAUUUUCUGCAGUGUCACCGAUCCAACCAUUUGAAAACUUUGGAUUUCAGACAAAACGGCUUUCAAUCGGAAUCGUCGAAGCGGCCGCGUAUCAGUCUAAAAAAACUGGAAGAUUUGGUUCCGUCCAAUUCGGUUUCUAGGGCAGAAUCUAGCGAAGACGAAGAAGCGGAUGAUGGAGCUGCCAGCUCUUCCGACAGCGAUAGCCAGAACAAGAACAGACGAGAGGAAAGCGCAGAGCAGAAAAGUCACUUGGCAGCGGUUAUGGCUCAGGUUUCCAAAGCAGAUAAUGAUCAGAUGCAGUGUCCGCGGUGCGAUAAGACUUUCUCAGAACAAACGACCUUGAUGGAGCAUUUGCGCACCCAUACUGCUAUCACCCCGUUCCAAUGUCCGUUGUGUAGUUUAGCUUUCAUAAGAUCAGACUACUUGAAAAAUCACCUGAAAAAACACAUCGAGGACAACGGUGAAGAUCCUGGCGCACCGGGAGCGAUCGACACUUCAACGUUAGCCUUUGGUGCGGCCAGCUUUAUAAGCACCUCAACUGCCCAAAGUUCAUCGUCAUCAGUAUCGUUACUGAAGCCUAUUUGUGCUAGGCCGCAGUCGACCGGAAUCUCUCUGCUGAAACCACCGGAGGAAAGAAAACCACCGGAUCAGCAGGAGUAUUGCAUUCGAACAGAUGACGGAAAAUUUAUGUGUACCGUGUGCGAGCGCGUGUUCUCGCAUCAGCAGACCGUUCGUAUUCACUUCCGAAUUCAUACCAACGAAAAACCUUACAAAUGCAACCACUGCCCGGAAUCGUUUAUCCGGUCGGAUUAUCUUGAACGACACAUGAAAGUGCACUGGAAGGACGGUCCGGGAGUGAUGCCACCGUUGACGAUGAUGGGCAAAAAUUCGGUGAUUCCAGUCGGUGCUUCGGAUAGCAGCGAUUCAACAAGCCCUCAAAAGAUGACAAUCGGUCGCGCAGGAUUGCUGCCGGAAAAUUAUCACUUUGUCGAAGCUGGUGACGGACAGUAUGCGUGUAAGAUUUGCGACCAGGUGUUCACCCAUUGUGAUUCAUUACGGAAACAUGCGCUUACCCAUACGGAGGAGAAACCAUUUUUCUGCGAUAUCUGCGACCGAUCGUUCAAUCGUGUCGACUAUCUGAAGGAGCAUUUCAAAUCCAAGCGCCAUCGACAAGCAUUGGCCGAAACGAAUGGUGAUGUGAUCGAAGACGACGACGAUUCAACUACAGAUACCAGCAUUGCUGGACGGAUCGCAAAGACCAAGUCCCCGAUCAGCCCAAUGACGAAUGCUCUCGCUGAAAGGAUAGAAUUUCAGCGAACUGACGAUGGACGGUACAAAUGUUCCGAAUGUGACAAAACUUUUGUUACGGCGGUUACACUCAAAAUGCAUCUUCGAUUACACACGGGAGAAAAGCCUUACAAAUGCAGCAUGUGCAGUAUGGCGUUUAUCCGGUCUGACUAUUUAAAAACACAUGAGAAGAUUCAUAGGCAGGAAGCUUUCAUGCUGGGACAUGGAUUGAUGACAACGAGGUCGAACGAAGAUAUCGAUGGUCGGAGUUCUGCAGAGGAAUCGGACGAUGAUGCCAGGACACAGCCGGUAUAUUCUAAUGCAAACUAUAAUGGAGUACUUCCGGAGAAGCAAGAUGCACACCUGCAGAUGAAUAACCAUUUGGCCGGUAGAGCUGUGGAAAUUGUUGAAGAGGUCGACGAUGACGACGAGGAAGAGGAAGAAGAGGACGACGAGAGUGAAGACGAACAGGUCAUUGAAGUGAUGGUGAAGGAAGAAGAUUCUGAUGACGACGAUGACGAGGAGGAGGAGGAAGAGGAGGAAGAAGAUGAGCAGGAAGGGGAGGAUGGUCAGAAUGGUCAAAACGAGGAACCAGGGGAAGAGCAGGAAGAGAACGAUAACAACAAUAGCUAUGAGAACGAGGACAGUGCAUCACGGACGAGUGGCGGUGGGGGCGUGGGCUCAGAACCAGUUGAACACAAAUCGAAACAUAGGUGUCACGUGUGCCGGAAGGAGUUUGCGUGGCCCAAGUCACUGAAAAUUCACCUUCGAACGCAUACCGGAGAACGGCCAUAUGAAUGCGAAGUCUGUGGAAAAAGUUUUACCCGGUCUGAUAGUUUGAAAGCACAUCGAAAUACACACGGAGAAGUAAGAGUGCUGCAGUGCCAUUUAUGCGAUGCCAGCUUUUUGGAUGAAAGUGGUCUGAUACGGCAUCAAAAGCUGGAGCAUGGCAUAGAACCGCUGGAUGUUUAGAUAGAAACAAAUUUUGUGCACGUGGUACCUCAGUGAGUAACGCAUUGUCCUCACGCCCUGUUCAUGUGAUUAGUUGGUAAUGCCAGGUGUAUAUUUAUCAUAUUGAACCGACAAUACCGGACAAGAUGCACACCAUACGGAGCUUGAUGUACGAGGGUUGGAACAUACCACCUGGUAGGAAUAAUUCAGUUCAAUGAUGAUUUUAGUCAUAGACUCCCACGACCAUCCAUCUAAGCAGAUUACAAAAAUUGCGGAUCACCUAACCGCAUCUUAUGUAGUAGCUAUAUGAUAAGUACGUGAUGGAAUAAAUUUCCAUAUUUCACAUGGUUUUACAAAUAUAAAUGGUUAAACUAGAUAAUUAGGAACGCAAAGCGCUAAGCAAAAUCAUUUUAUGUUAUUGGUGUUCGCCUUUCGCUCAGUGAGCCAUUUGUGUGCUGGUUACUAUUCGAAGGGCUUACCCUGUAACUGUAACGAAUCGUGUACACAUUAUUUUUUGUUAUUUGGAUGAAUGCGAAAAGUGAAAAAUUUGAUUGCGGAACGAUUGUGUGUAUGUUGAGUGAGUAUCAUCAGCAUUUUUCCUUUCCCCCCCAUUUUUCCAGUGUAUGAUAGAGCGUUUCCAGCGAAGAAAAAAGCUGAAUGCAUAGUUUUUUUUAUAUUUAGACACGGAAGAUGUUAGAUUUUUCACAAAGUAUGUAUAUUUGUAUUAUUUGAAAAUUAAAUUCCACACU